ACGCUCCCUGGGUACCGGAAGCAGGAAGUGCUGUCUGCUCUCCAGAGCCUGGGAGGUCAGGAGGAGGGAGAGCUGAUGAAACAUGGCGGCUAGUAUUGCAAGGAGCCGGGCAUGGAGCGGUAUACGGAGGUUUGGUAUACCGGGAUACAGACGAUACAGCAGCGGUGGAAGUUAUCCAAGCAUCCCCCUUUCCUCACCCUUACCUGGGAUACCGAAACCAGUCUUUGCAAGAGUUGAUGGGCAAGAGAAAUUUGAAACCAAAGUCACCACGCUGGAAAAUGGGUUGAGAGUGGCAUCACAGAAUAAAUUUGGACAGUUUUGUACAGUUGGAAUUUUGAUCAACUCUGGUUCCAGACAUGAAACUAAAUAUCUGAGUGGAAUUUCUCAUUUUUUAGAAAAACUUGCCUUCUCAUCAACAGCUCAGUUUGGGAGCAAGGAUGAAAUUCUUCUGACACUGGAGAAACAUGGAGGCAUAUGUGACUGUCAAACAUCCAGGGAUACAACUAUGUAUGCGGUUUCCGCUGAUGCAAAAGGACUAGAUACAGUGGUCAGCCUAUUAGCUGAAGUUGUCCUGCAUCCCAGACUGUCUGACGAGGAGAUUGAGAUGACUCAAAUGGCGAUACGAUUUGAGUUGGAAGAUCUUAAUAUGAGACCAGACCCUGAACCUUUGCUUACAGAAAUGAUCCAUGCAGCAGCCUUUCGAGGUAACACUGUGGGGCUUCCCAGGUUUUGCCCUUCUGAGAACAUUGAAAAGAUCAACCAGAAAACACUGCAUAACUACAUGCACAACUACUACACCCCAGAUAGGAUGGUGCUUGCUGGUGUUGGCAUCGAGCACGAUCAACUCCUGGAAUGUGCCAAGAAAUAUCUCCUAGGUGUGGAGCCUGUGUGGGCAUCGGGAAAUCCCAAGGUCAUUGAUAAGUCCAUUUCUCAGUACACAGGAGGGAUAGUCAAGGUUGAGAAAGACAUGUCUGAUGUGAGUUUGGGGCCAACUCCAAUCCCAGAACUCACACACAUCAUGAUCGGAUUGGAGAGCUGCUCCUUUCUGGAAGAUGACUUCAUCCCUUUCGCCGUGUUAAACAUGAUGAUGGGUGGCGGGGGCUCCUUCUCAGCUGGGGGUCCAGGAAAAGGAAUGUUCACCAGACUGUACCUCAAUGUACUCAACAGGCACCACUGGAUGUAUAAUGCAACUUCGUAUCACCACAGUUAUGAAGAUACAGGCCUCCUGUGCAUCCACGCCAGCGCAGACCCCCGGCAGGUCAGAGACAUGGUUGAAAUAAUCACUCGGGAAUUCACUCUGAUGGCUGGGUCUGUAGGGGAGGUGGAACUGAAUAGAGCAAAGACCCAACUAAAAUCAAUGCUUAUGAUGAAUCUGGAAUCCAGACCGGUUAUUUUCGAGGAUGUUGGGAGGCAGGUGUUGGCCACCGGGGCAAGGAAGCUCCCCUACGAGCUUUGCAAUCUGAUUGAUAACGUGAAAGCUAGUGACGUCAAGAGAGUUGCCACUAAGAUGCUGCGUAACAAACCAGCUGUGGCAGCGUUAGGAGACCUCACAGAGCUCCCAGACUAUGACCACAUUCAGGCUGCACUCUCCAGCAAAGAUGGACGCUUGCCCAGAUCAUACCGACUUUUUCGAUAGGCAUCUGACUUCACCUGCCCAUUUUUGUAAAGAACUAAAAUCACUGGAGAGGCAAAAUGUGCUCUGAAGACCUAUCAUAACAACAACAGACGGUGGAUGAAAGAUCAUCGCUGGACAAUAUUAAAAAAAUUUUCCCAUGAUGUCGCAUCGCUGAUGAUGCAGGGAAUUUUCUGUGGAUAAACUGAAAGAGCCCUGCGUGUUUAACUAAGCCAUGAAAACCACAAAUUCGGAAUCUGAAGCCACAUCUAGCAGGUUCUGUUUCUUUGGUACCAUAUUCUCUUCGUUACAUUUACUUGCCAAAAUAGCGCUUGUAUUUUUUUGUUUAGUAUAUAUUAUUGUGAGUCAGUUCAUAGCAUCAUAUAGUGGGAGAUCUGUGCUGCCGUGUAAAGUGAGACCGAGUAUUACUGCAUUCUGCCAAACAGAAAAAAAUUGAAAAUAUUCCUGCAAAGCCGAACAAUUUUUGUAAUUAAAGAAAAAGGUAUCAAGGC